GCGCUGACGUGUGUGUUUUGAAUGAUAGGCGGUUGAUGGACGCUGAAUAGCAGAUAUAUUUGUUUCAUUCUCGUCACAAUUCGGAUAAAGGUGGACAAACAGUUUAAAGUGUACAGGUUGUUUCCCAGCAGUCAUGUCCUCCAGGAAGUCAAGUUCCAGUAGGCAAGACUCGCCUUCAAGCAGAUCUGGACAGCGUACCCCUAUGAGAAGUCUGGAGAAUGAAUGGUUGCAUCUGUCAACUCCAUCAUCAAGGUUCAAAUCAAAAUCACGGCUCAGUACGGAUUUUGUGAAAACAUCAAAGGGUGAUGUUCCUCCAUGUGACCCAGAGCCCCAUUUGCCCUCUCCUCCAACCAAAGUGAUACAAACCAAUGCUCCCAGUACUGAUAAUACAGCCUGUGGACUUGGAGAUGUAACAUUUAAAUCUUUUAUCUGUGCUGGUGGUGAGGUUGAGAUUUCAUGCUCUUCAGAAUGUGCAGGAGAGAGCAUUGUUUUGCUUAAGGACCAGACUAUGAAUAACACCUGUGAAUCAGAGGAUACAGCCAUAUUUGACAGUAUGAUUGUGCAGUCAUGCAGUGACCACAUAGAACAUCCGUACCACAAUCCUGAGAGGAGAGAUGCUUCUUCGGUCGACAUUGACGCAGAACGUCCCUGUGAAAUCCAAAACAUUUCACUGGCCUCUGGAGACUUGGAUGGUAAACAGACCACACAAGAAUUCAAAGUUUUUCAGGAGGACUGCAGCAGAGAGAACGAUGUCACUUGGAAAUCCUUCGUCUGUGAUGGAGGUGAGGUGGUAGUUUCAGAUGUCACCAGACUACAAGAUGAGACCAUUCCUCUGCCCAAAGGAGAGCUUGGAGAGCUUUUACAAGACAACAGUGUAAAUUCAAGCAUCGUCUUUGACUGCGGCCAGUUGUGUCAAGCAGAACAUGCUGAUCAUCCCUACUCCAGCAGUGAAAAGUGUGUUGUUCCUGUCAUCACUCACCUCACCACCUUUUCUGAGACCCAAAGUGAUUCUGAAAAGCCUGGAUUGAGUGAUGUAACCUUCAAAUCAUUUAACUGCACCGGGGGUGAGAUCGAAAUUUCAGAUGGCACCAAAAUGGCAGAUGAGACGGUUCCUCUACCAGCUGACCAAACUGCGACAAGCAGUGAGUCAUGCAAUCAUGGUAUAGAUCCAAGCGCUUUAGCUGGUGAUGAUGAUGAUAAUGAUCACUUAGAUCACCCAUACUGUAAUACUGAAAAAUAUCCUGCAACUUUAAGUGGCGACCUCCCCAAAGCCCAGGAACCAUGCAGCCCUCAUGCGCUGGAAGAGGUAGAACCGAGUAGCUUGGUGGUACCUGAAGAGCAGACUGGCAGGCAAGAUGGUGUCACAUUUGGCUCUUUCAUCAGCACACAAGGUGAGGGUGAACUAUCAGGAGGCAUCCAGUUGACUGAGAAGACUUCCCCUUUACUUAAGGACCAGGCUGUGAUCUGCCAACUCCAGGAUGACAACAAUGUACCUACUCACAUCACACAGGAUCACAUCCAAGACAACUAUGAACAAUCUAACAGCCAUGUGGAAAAUGAUGAAGCUGUCUUAGAUGCUGACCCACCAGCUGUCAGUGCAUCUUCACUGAUAAACACAUCUUUAAAGGCUUUAGAUAACGAACCUGUUCAAUUAGAAGUCCAACAAACACCACAAAAACACUCCAUGCAUGCUGAUGACAGUGCGUUGCCGUCUUUGCUACAUAAAACAGAGUCCGCUGACUGCAGCAAUCUUGUGGCUUCAGCAGAGACUCCCACACCUGGGGAAGUGCAGCAGCAUCCAGAACGUGAUUCUCAAAUGCAUUCUAGCAGAGGACCCUCUGAAUCCAGUGAGGCGAAAGACAGUGCUCUUGGUUCAUCUGGAAAUGGACCACUUCCAUGUAACGCUGCAGAAAUACCUCGUACAGAGACCCUCCCUGAUGUUUUGAAAGUGCUGUCUGAAUGUCCCUCAGUAGCAUCAGUUUUGCAGUUGGGAAUCCUCAGUCCUGUUAUAAGGAGAGCUUCUCUAUCUGUAUUUAAGGCUCAAAGAGAUCUGGAGAAAGAUCAAAGAGCUCUGGACCAGUUUUUGAUGGAUGAUUCUGCUCUCGACGGUGAGAAGAGCUUUUUGGCCCCUGCUAACGUUGACCCCCGAGGGUUAUGGGCAGAACACUUGGAGAGCCCCAUGCCUCGUCCUCUCUUCAACUCUACUGCUUUAGGUUUCAAGUCCCAGCCAGGCGCAGUCACAGAGUCAGCUGACAAUUUGGAUGUGAAGCCCUGUGCAGCGCUUCAGUCAGAAGCGGUGAAGCCGGUCCUGGAUAUCCCUAUGAUUCUAGAUGGUCCUCUGCAGCAGCAGCUGCGGCAGAUGGCAGAGUUCCUCAUCCUUGCAUCAGGAAAGAUGGACCCUACUGCUGUCUCUGCUCCCUUCUCUGGUCCUGUCCCACCUCCUGCUGCCCCUGCGGUCACAUCAGCAAGAGCUACUCCUGCAGAAUCCCACAGCAUCUGUGUGGGCACCAGUCCUGUGAAACUGGUAGACCAUAGCCUCAAUACAUCUGGCCAGUUUGAAAGAAAGAGGGAGUUCUCUGUGGAUGAUGCCUGCACUCUUACCGAUCCUCUCCUGUGGAAUGUACCUGCAGGCAGCCUGGAGUGUCUCCCCCGAGAAGAGCUGGAGCAGAGAUUAAGGUCUAGCAUGAUCAUGGUGGAAGCCUUGGUGCAGCAGUUGGCUGUAGCCAGAGCAAAUGGAAGUCCUUCUGUCGGCCCAGCGCCUUCAGAGCUCAGGGAGAAGCUAGUGCAGACAGACCACACUGAACUCAGCCAGACCACAAUGUACAGAGGUCUAUAUAUGGAGGCUUUGAGUCAGAUUGGUGAUUUGGAGCUUGAUGGAAGUUCACUACAGAACCUCAUCCAGUGUAUGCAGGACAUGAGGGUCACCAUGACUUCUUUGUCUUGUGACACGGAUGCUGCUCUCUCUAACAUGAAGGAAAUGGGAGACAUUGUCAGAGAAGACCAUCAAAGCCUUGCUUCACAUUACGGUGAGAUGAGGUCUUUAUUUGAGAAGUCAAAGGAGACACAGACACGAAUGAUGCAGAAGGUCAAAGAUGUUCUUCAGCAAAGAGAUAACAUGCAGACACAGAUGGAGGAGGCCUUCAAUGUUAAGGAGGCGGCUUUAAGUACGAUGGAACAGCUGAGGAGAAACUGUGCCACAGAAAUCUCAGAGCUGCAGAAGAGUGUCGGGUCUCAGCAAGAACUCCUGGAUGCCCUAAAGACAACCUACCCAGAACAGGUUGCGUUAAACAAGGCCUACACUGAAAUAAUGGACUCUACUUCUGGUCUUUUGUCCCAAACUGUGGAGGAGCAAUCCAGAUUGAUGCAAGAACUCUGCACAGUUAGGGGCCUUCUGCGGAAGACUACUCCCAUGCUCAUGAAGCUGAAUGAAAAAGCAGUGGCUGCUUUGAGAGAAAGAGAUGAGUACAUCGCCGAAAGAGACCAAGCUGUUGAAGAGAGAGAGCAGAUUGAGGAGGAGUUGAACCAAGCUAAUUUGAAUCUCCAAAAUGCCAGAGAACAGAUUGGUGAUUUCAAUCUGCAAGUGACAAUUCUGACUUCAGAGAUGGGAGUGCUGCGUCAGAAGCUAACAGAACGAGAUGAAGAGCGGGCUCAGCUGGAGAGGAAGGUGACUGAGCUGUCUGCCACAGUUUCCUCCACAUUGGCCUCGUACACCUUCCUGGAGCAGGCCCUCGGUGCUGAGACCACUAAGUUGCAGGAGUCAUGGAAGGACAUCCAGCAAUCCAAGGACAGGGCUGCUGUGUUGGAGACGUCACUGGACCAGUCGGAGCAGCGUGUGCGUGAGUUGAGUCAGGCUCUGGCUCAGAGCGAGGAGCAGCUCGGUCAGCUGCAGGAACUCUCACAAUCUCAGAGCACGCAGAUCCAGCAGCUUCAGGAUGUUUGUACACAACUCAGCAACGUACAGGAAAUGAACGAGUUCUUACAGAUGGAGAACGAGUUGGUGAGGGAGCAGGUGGCUGAUAGCGAACAAAUGCUGAAGGCCAACCUGCAGAGCCUCCGGGAGAGGAACAUCCAGUGUGAGGACCUAAAAGCAGAACUUGGUCAACUUCAGAUUGAGAACAAGAGUUUGCAGGAAGAGCUGGAAACCACAAGAGUCAGAGCCAGCACAACCCAGCUGGAGCUCAGAGAGAAGCUCGCUCAAGCCGUCACCGAAAUCACUUUGCUGCAUCACACACUGCGAGGACUGACCAACCAGCUACAUGCAGCUCUUAAUGAGGAGAAAUCAGAACCACGGAGAGAUAAAGAGUCUCAACCAGUUCACAACGUGGAGCGUCGUCAUCCCUCCAGCUCCUUUAUAGACAGCAUCAUGGUUGCAUUAACUGCAGAGAAGGAGGAAGACUUGAAAACAGAGACACCUGCUGAACCAGUUCCUUCAGACAUGGCUGAGCCCCAGUGCGACACUUUGUUCAGUGAGACGAGCGCCUUCACCCGCAUUGCAGCCGUCACCCCUAAAAAGAAUUUGAACGCAGCAGAGUUUGAACCAGAAGAGGAGCAGAGCAAUGCGGCAGAGCUGCUGGCUGACCUGGGCAGCACGGUCACAGAGCUCGUCAGCACCCUGAAGUUGUUGCAGCAACGCAAGAACGCUCAGCUGGAGGAGCUGCAUAACACCAUCUGUGGCCUGCAGGUGGAGCAGCAGGCUGCAAACACAAGACACGAGGCCGAGGUGUCGGAUUUAAAGCAUCAACUUAGCCGUUUUAACCGUCUGGUUGAGAAGGGCAAUCAGGCACUGCAGCAGAAAACGCAGGAUGAGAAAACAAUAAUGAAGUUGAUGGCAGACAUAAAUGAAGCCCAAGACCUUCUAACUAAACACAAGACUGACAAUAAUGAAUUACGGAAAGAUGUGGUUGAGCUCCGUCGAUCUCUCCAGCAGUCACAGGUGGAGUCUCAAUUCCUGCGGGAGGAGUUGAGGAAAGCUGGUGGCCAAUCAGCUAAGCCAGCGCAUUUCAUGGAAGAGAAGAUUCAGUUAUUGAAAGAGGUAGAGAGACUGAAGUUGAGCGUUCAGGAAGUGGAGCAGGCCAGAGGUAAACUCCUCGAAAGAGCAAAAAGACAUCAAAUCAUCUACCAGACCAACCAGCAGAAAAGUGAGAAUGAGCUUCUCCUGUUAAACACCAUGAUCAAUAAAGUCCGAGAGACGUUGCUGUCUUUGCCAGACGCUGUGAAGAAUUGUGAGCAACUCCAACGACUUGUUGAAUACAUCGGCUGAAAUGUUCCAGUCUGUCUGUUGUAUUUAUAUGUGCGUUAAAUAUUUUAGCUCGUUCUUUGUAUCAAUAAACUGUUUAUAUGUAUAGCAUCACACUUUAGCACUCAUGGUUUUGAAUACAUAAAUGAGUGUUGCCCCAUGCUAGAUGAUUUUUUUUUUUUAAUUAUUAGAAGCUAUACUUAUGUCUUACUUUUUGUGUGUGUGUGUGUGUGUUACGGUUUAAGUAAUUUCUCAUCUUGAUCCAAUACUGAGUUUUGUAGUAUAUAUUUUAAUAUCAGCACAUUGAUCUUAAGGCAUCUGUUAAUGAUGCAGUUUAAUUGGAAAAAAAAGUGGUAGAAAGUAUUUUGAUACUUGCACCACACACACUCUUUAGAUUUUAACUGGGACAUUAAAAAAAAUGCAUGAUAUAAAACAUCUAAUUUAGAAAGUUUCUACCUGCUGUGUUUAUAUCUUCCUCUGAAAAUCAAAAUAAAUAAACAUUUUUCACCCAUGAA